AUGUCUUUCAUUUCAAAAGUGUUGUCUCGAAUUUGUCGUAGGGCGCCGCUGCGACCCCGUGUAUAUUCUAACCCUAACUUCAUUAGAAUCCCACCCGAACAGAAGGUGGAGGAGGAGACUUUGCCAGACUAUCUCCCAGCGCGUUACUACCCCGUGCAGAUCGGCGAAGUAUUUGCCGACCGGUAUCAAGUAGUUGGGAAGCUUGGCUUUGGUGCUACCUCGACAGUCUGGCUAGCACACGAUCUAAGCCAGGACGACCAUGUCACCCUCAAAGUCUUUAUACGCUCCCAGGCGCUUGUAAACGGGCCAGAUGGAGAACACUUAGUCCUCGCCCAUCCACCGCUAGGUGACAGCCUCGAGGUAGGCAUCCGUCGCAGUUCCCCCCGAAGGCUCCCCCCCUCGGGCCUACGCUAUAUUCUGAAAGACAUAUUCCUUGCCCUUGAUUAUUUGCAUGUCGAGUGUCAAAUCAUUCAUACCGAUAUUAAGGCUGAUAAUAUUAUGUUUCGCAUCACUGAUCCCUCUAUCUUAACCGACUUUGCGGAGCAAGAACUACAAGCUCCCUGCCCCCGCAAGGAGUUAGAAGGGAGGACUAUCUAUACAUCUCGGGCAUUUAAAUCCACGGGCAGGAUUGGCCCGCCAGUUCUAUGCGACUUUGGUGCUGCAGUAUUUGCAGACCGCGAGAACAUCGCCUGUGUACAGCCCCACGUCUACCGGGCACCUGAGGUGAUUCUAAAAUGCCAUUGGGAUCACAAGAUUGACAUCUGGAAUGUCGGGUGUAUGGCCUGGAAUCUGUUUGAGGGUGACUUAUUAUUCCAUGCCAUCGACCCGGAACAUCUCGAGUAUCGUAGGAGGGCCCAUCUCGCCGAAAUCAUUGGGGUAUUAGGGCUUCCGCCAAAGGAUCUCCUUUCACGGGGCCAGCUCACUAAUAAAUUCUUUUCGGAUCAAGGCACAUAUAUUGGAGGAAUUCAAUUACCGCCCCCAACACCGCUAGAGGAGCUAGAGGCACUUCUUUCUGGGGACGAAAGAAGACAAUUCCUGGAAUUCAUGCGGAAGAUGCUCCAGUGGGCUCCGGAGCAACGGAGUACUGCUAAUGAGCUGUGGUGCGACGACUGGCUACAAGAGAACAAAUAA